AACGACUUCAUUGGAUCCACGCUCAAGAGGCCUCUCCCAGGUUUUCCCGAUCCCCCUACAUCGCCGUAAAGUGCCAGCGCCUUAAGACUUGGUCGCUGUAUAUAUGCCUUUCCUGGGUCCACGGGAAGCAUGAGUCUUUUGGGACUUGGGACAAGAAGAAAACAAGACAUCUUCACGAGGAAAACCAGACGCUAACAAAAAGUAUCCCAAAGCCUGGAGAGAGAGGACACAAACAUGGCCGACAGAGGACUCAGGGAUCCUUCAGAGGACUCUCAAAAGGACUUGGAAAAUGACCCACCAAUACAUUCUCAGGUACAGGAGACCACAGUUCCAGCAAGUACUACCGAAGAAGCUCAGGCCCUAAACCCUGCCUCUGGUCUCAGCAAAGACCACCAAGAGGUAGAAACAAUAGGUUCAGGAAGGGCAGAUACAGAUGAUCAACCAGAAAGUCCUGAUGAAACAAACUGUGGGAAAUGUCCAAAGGAUGAAACAGAACCUGAGACCAACCCGAGUUCUCAGGAGGGAGAAGGAAGGCACCCACUCUCUUCAAAAAGUCUGGAUGAAGAACCCGACGAACCCGACGAACCCGACAGCUCUCCGGGUGACAAGGCAGGAAGAGCAGAUGAACACUCAGGGAGCAGCUCUGCAGCCCUCCCCGAGGAAGCAAGCGACGGCCCCGGAGCUUCACAGGGGCCGCCUGCCACGGAACCCCAGGAUGCCCAGACUCCUGGUCACUCCUGUGCAGGGCUGGAGAGCCAGGGUGCACUGAGGAGGCGGCUGCUGGCGCCAGAAGCUGAAAGUCACCAACAAGGAACCCAAAAAUUGGAAGAAAAGAAAGAGACUGCACAGGGUACUAUACAAAAGAAUAAUAAAAAGGAUUUUUUGAGCUAUGGCUCCAUCUUCCUUGGCUUCCUAGUUCUGACUCUCAUUUUGCUACGCUCGGUUCAGAGCUACUAUUCCUCUCCAGCUCAGCAAGUGCCCAGAAAUCCAGCUUUAGAGGCCUUCCUGGCUCAGUUCAGACAGUUGAAGGAUAAAUUUCCAGGCCAGAGUCCCUUUCUGUGGCAGCGAGGACGUAAAUUUCUCCAGAAACACCUCAAUGCUUCCAAGCCCAGCGAGCCCGCCACCAUCAUCUUUACAGCAGCCCGAGAGGGAAGAGAGACCCUCAAGUGCCUGAGCCACCACGUGGCCGAUGCCUACACCUCUUCCCAGAAAGUCUCCGCCAUUCAGAUCAAUGGGGCUGGAAGAAGCCUGCAGGAUAGUGAUGCGGUGAAGCUACUGGUUGACAUGGAGCUGAGCUCUGGCUUUGAGAACGGCCAGAAGGCUGCCGUGGUCCAUCGCUUUGAAUCCCUUCCUGCAGGCUCCACCUUGAUCUUCUACAAGUAUUGUGACCAUGAGAAUGCCGCCUUUAAGGACGUGGCGCUGGUCCUGACCGUUCUCCUAGAGGAGGAAACAUUAGAAGCAAGUGUCGGCCCAAGGGAAAUUGAAGAGAAAGUGAGAGAUUUACUGUGGGCCCGCUUUACCAACUCCAACACUCCCACCUCCUUCAACCACAUGGACUCGGACAAGCUGAGUGGGCUGUGGAGCCGUAUUUCCCACCUGGUGCUGCCCGUCCAGCCUGUGAGGCACAUAGAGGAGCAGGGGUGCCAGCUGUAAGCUGAGCCCUGAAUUGGUUAUGGAAGUUCCAGGUGUGCUAAAUAAAAAGAGCCUUCCAUUUAUAUGGAAGGAGGUUGAUGAAUGUGAGGAAAUCACCUGAAAUGCACAAAUAAGCUUAUUUUAGAAAACAAAAAAAAUCAUUUUUUACUUUUUGUAAAGUUUUUCUACUCAAAGCUUGACAAAGCUGAAAGGUAGACCUGACUUUUUUUUCCACCCUUACCUUUCAAGCAAAUCUGGUGAAAUCUAGCAUGGUAGAUAUAACGGAGGAUUUUUUUUUUUAAUCCAAAAAUACAGCAACGGAAUUCUUGCACAGGAAAAUAAUCUGCUCAGAGUAACUACAUUGCGGAGUUUAUUUUCUUGAGACUCUUAACAGUCUUUUGGAUAGUAUUUGGACAAAAGCAAUUAGUUAUGAAGCAAUGAUAAUUAAAAAGAAUUGUUUUCUAUCACAUAUCACAUAUAUCAAAUAUUUUAAAAACUCAUUUUAAUAGCCUAGUUGUGUGGGAUUACAUUUUAUACUAAUUUGCACUUUUGAGUAGUAUGAAAAAAGGAAAUUUGAAUUCACAUACUUACCUAAAUACUAUAUGGAAGGCACUGUGCUUUUUUUAUGUUAAUGAGCUGAGAGAAAAGCAGCGCUACUCAAGAAAUGCUCCUAAAACUUGGGGGAAUUGUUUAUAAUCAUUGAAAACGAAAUUCCAAUUGGCUGUGUCUUUACUUGAAUUAUUUAGAGCAGUGCUUAUCAGGCUGUGUCUACUGGUACCCCUCCCCUUUGUAUCACAACAGUUCUGCUUUGACUGUUUCAUAUUUUGGGAUUCUUCAUAAGAUUUCGUUGGAACAAAGAGUUCCACCGAUUGAAAAAUCACCAAUUAAGUGAGAAAACAUGUUAAAAGAUAGGAAAUGGGUAGGAAACAAAUGAAUGUAUUAAAACUCAUGAGUACGAAGAGGACGAAAUAUAGGUUUAUUGUAGACACACUUUUUAGGAAAGAUAAAGACCUACAGAGGAACAGUGGAGUGUUUAAAGUAUUUACUAGCAGAUUUCUGAUGCUUUUGUUAAUUUCUGUUCAUCAUCACUUCUGCCUCCCCUGAAUGGGAUUUUAUAAUUGUCUAGGAUGAGGGUUUGAGUCUCCUGUAAGCAGAACAGAUUUUAAGAACCAAUUGAAUAGUAGGUUUUAUAUAAGUACAUUAGCAUAACUUGACCAUACUGUUUACUUGUUAAGCAGUGAUGGAACAUUAUGUAAUGCAGUUCACUUCUUGAUCUGCUAGUUAGAAGUACCAUUAGGUUAACCAUGAGAGAAAUGCAAGAUGUGCUGUACUAAGUGAGAGGAAGCAGAAAUGGUUUCUAAGAGGUUCUAAUGGCCAGUAUGAAUUGCUGGACCAUGUUCUGUGAUUCUAAAAAAGAUUGAGAACAGUGUUCAUGGAGACAGUAGGGUUUUUGGGGUUUUUUUUUGGGGGGGGGGUUGUUUGUUUGGUUUUUUUUUUUGCAUUUCAGCUCUGAAGGCAGAACUCUAGUCAAUGAUCUUGACCAAAUGAAGGGUCUGUUCCAUUACAUGGCAUUCCUAGGAAUGGUCACCAUGCUCCUGGAAUAUUUCAGUGAGGUUUUGGGAUAUGGUUUUAAGUCACAUGAUUAAAGUAUGGAAGGAGUUUCAGAAACAGUAAAAAGAUAAUAGAGAUCCUUACUGAUACCUAAAAAGAGGUCACAAAGACAUGAGGGAAGAAUCUAUUUGAAAGUACGUGUCACAGGCAGAUGCAUAAAUCUGUUCUAACCAAGGCCUUACAUUAUGCUCCGUUGAGGUAGGGGCCUACCUGACGGGACUAUUUUCAUUGGGAACUUUGUGAAGCAAUCUUCCAACAGGUUUGAGGAAAGACCUGCCUGAACACAAAGUUCAAGCACAGUGAAUAUAAUAUCAAUAUCAAUCUACUCUAAACUCAGAGGAAAUUGGAGAAAAACCUAUAUAGCUUAUUCACAUUUUUUCUGUAUUUCUAGAUCUCAGAUGCUACCUAGCAUUACAUCACACAAACCGAUGAUGCCUUGUAGAGCUGUUUUGUUGACCAGCUGACCUGUGCUACCUCGGAUCUGUAACCAGUGUGAAGUGUGCAUAGCUAAUCUGUCUAGUGACUCAGAUCACAGCUGAAGCAAAGAUUCUUAUCUUUUCAUUCAGUUGAAUAUGGUUUUUUCAUCAUUUCCUUUCAAUAUAAUUUAAAAAAGGAAAUUUCAAAAAAGUCAACAAUUUUUUUUUUUUUUUUUUACUAUUUAGCCUUUGUUAAAAAACUUUUCCUUCCAUGUAUAAGUGCAAUGAGCUGAAACUGUUGUCAGUUUUCUGUCCACUACUUCAAAAAUCAUUUUACAAAGAAGCAGUAUAUUAUUAGCUCUGGGUCUUUUCAUGAAUAAGAUGAUUAUUUUUUAAAACGUAAAAGUUUAUAUUUUUAAAUGUACAAAUAAUUAAAAUUUACUAUCUAAUGUACUCAGUUUAAUUUCUAUUCAAUUGUUUCUAUUUUUUACAUUUUUCAAGUUUGCAAAUGUUCGUGUGUAUCUUGAAGUUCUUUCAUGACUAUAAUAGAUAGCUUGUUUAUUUCACUUAGAACAAUGACUUUUGGGCAUAUGAUACCAUAUGUGAUUUAAUUAUUAUCAUAGAAGAGCUCUCAUUACAUUACAUAGUAAUAUAAAUCACUUCUUGUUUGAUAGCAGAUUUCUAGAAGCAACUGGUGAAAUCAGAAAUUGUCUCUGGACUUGAGUUGUUUUUUUUUCCUAUGGAGUAAAUUGUAGGUUUCCUACUUAAUUUCCAAGAGUUGGCAGAAAAGUUCCAGGGGCUUCAUAUCACUACAGGUAGUAAUGAUAUUGUUUCUAUUUUUUUAAGUCAAUAAAAUAAUUGAAAUGUAUUUCAUUGGAAGGCCCCCAAGCUUACAGAGGCAAGGCUUAGCAUGCUGUCACUCACCAUACCCCAUUUGAACAUUGCUGGCCGCUGAGGUGGUUUUGACCCUUUCGCAGUUUUUAAUUGUUUGAUUUAUACUUUUAUCUGUUAAAGACAGGAAGCAUAAUGAGCACUGAUGUUAAAAUGCAUAUAACAAACAAAUACACCAUGUGACAGUGAUACUAAUUCAGCUACGCGAUCUUUACCAGGAUUAUACCGGCAUAUCUCUGACUAAAGUUUUUAUGCAGUAUAUAGCAUCUCUAGCACUUCAAAAACUAAUGUUAAAUAGAAAAUAUAAUUCUUAUAUCUGCUGAGGAUUAUUUAAUGGGAAUAAAGAUUACAUUUAUACACAGUUUACUUAUAAGAAAUAAAUAGCAACAUGAAAACUUUUAUCAUUUGAAAAUAAAACAUUAUAAUUACAAAAAUAAACCAGUACAUCAUUGUAAAGCCCUUAAUAGAUCAUUUAAUAAAAGCAGUUUCUAAUCUGUUUUUCAAGUUGAAUAUGUAGUUAAGUAGCAGUAUUCAUUUUAAUAUGUUGUUCACUGAGCAUAAUAUAUUUCAUUUUAAAAUUUAUUUGUUGAAAAGUCAGCGGUUUUUCUGUUAUUUUCAAAAUUAAAAUAUCUUGAAUGCUGUAUCACUGUUAAUAUUUGUCUUUAUAUACAUAUUGUGAAUAUCACUGAUUACAAGUCCCUGUAUCAUAAUCUGUUGAAAUACGAAAUGAUUUAAAAUUUUUUCUAAAGGUGUCUAUGAGACUAUCAGAUACUGAGGCUAUGAGUCACAUCCUUGUGAAUAAUAUAUUUGCAAAAAAGAGAACUAAAUAAAGAUAUCAUGUAAAACAGUU